CCAAGGAAGUAUAUUUUUAUCUGAUCUCUAUGACAAAUGGCUCAGUGUUAUUGAUCAAGGCAACAAAGAGGAGAAGAUAACUGCAGCCCAGAGGCUUUUAGCCCAGCUGCCAAGAGCAAAUGUUGUUCUCUUGCGAUACCUUUUUGGAGUGCUAUACAACAUUGAGCAACAUUCCUCAUCUAAUCAGAUGACAGCUUAUAAUUUAUCUGUUUGUAUAGCCCCAAGUGUUCUUUACCCACCUGAUUCCGGCAGCUUGGAAUUGGAAGACAAUUUGAUAAAAAAGAUUUGUCUUGUACAAUUUCUCAUUGAAAAUUGCCUCAGGAUAUUUGGAGAAGACAUCACUUCCCUCUUGGGCGAGAACUCAAUGAGUCGUGGUAACAGCGAGAAGGCUGCAGUAGUGUCAGGAAAUCAACCUCUUGAAUCCAAGCCAGUGAGAGUGAGAGUGAUUUACAAAAAGGCGCAACUGCAGAAUGAUACGAAGACCCCAUCUGACAUGGUUCCACCCAACUACCUGUCUACAGUUUUCUAAGUCACUGAAGACUACCAUCUACAUAAUGACACUUGACUCUUCUGUUUUCUUUAGUUCCUAUAAAAUAGAAAAUAAAAUGAACUGUUUUUCCAAUGAAUGAAAAAUGAGCCCCUUCCAAGGAACUUGCUCAUCCCAUUUGAAUUUUUCUUGCCUCAUCUCAUAUUAUCCAUAUUGAGGAAAUCUUCCCACAAAGUAUCUCCUCUGUCUUCAAUACCUACCAUCUCAUAUUAUGUACUUUGUUGCAUUGUAGUGUAUUGCAUAUUUUUAUACUGAUGCAAUAAAAAUAAUUCCAUCACUCAGUGGGAUAG